AUGACACAGAAGGGUAAAAGCACUAUACCGCCAGAGUGUCUGGUUGUAGUUGUUUUAGAUGCAACGUAUCGAUUAGAAGACCAUUCUGAAACUAUUUUUGGAACUUAUUUGAGGCCGAUACUAAAACACCUAAAAGCUCCAUACGUGAGGGAACAAGAAGAUAAAGAAAAAAAAGAAAAAGUGCCCGUCUUGAAGUGUGGUCUCGUUACCUUUGGACAUUAUGAGCCAUAUUCAACUAUACCUGUAAAAUCUCAUUAUUUUGAAAGUUUUGCGCGGUUCGAUGAGCUAAUAUCCGAAAUAGAGUUUUUAAAUGGGGGCAUAUAUGAAAACGCAGUAGCUGAAGGUUUAGUCGCAGCUCUUGAGAUGUUUGAUUUACAUAAAUUACAAAUGGAACCUGAUGCUCCACAACCGAAAAGACAUUGUAUUCUUGUGUCGAAUAGCCAUCCUUGUCCUGACCCUGUUCAUCGUAAUAUAAGUAGUAAAUACGAUGAAUUUAAUAUUGAACAAAUAGCGGAAGAGAUGCAGAAGCAAUGUAUCUAUCUUUCUUUAAUAACGCCGGAAAGAGAUUUUCCAGAUUUAGAAAAACUUGUUGAUAUGGUUAAUCAAGAUGUAGAAGUUCAUAAUGCUACUGAAGUCACACAUGUCGUAAAGUUGGCUAAUUUCAAACUUACGUUCUCACAACCAAACGAAGCGGCAUCUGACAAAAAAAGGAAAUGUGAAACUUCAACAUCAACAAAUGACGCAAGCAAUAAUGACCAGUCACCGUCAUCAAUUUUGACAAGCUCAUCUCCUGAAAGUAAGAGAGUUAAGCUCGAAGUACCGGACGAACAACCUAAUCAAACAGUUCAACAAUCGCUAUCCACGGAGACCUCAUCUAAUCAAAAAGAAUCUAUACCCAUUGCUAAAUCUAUACAGCCACCGCCUUCUAAACCUUCUCAAGCAUCUAAUCCUACAAUUCCAAGAGGUUCUCCUGCUUUGACAUCAAUAAAUAGUAUACAACCACAAAUGACAAUCCCACAAGAAACGCUCGGACAUGCUGCAAAAACACCACAGCAGCCUGUACAAUCAACAACACCAAUACAAAUUCAUCAUCCUCCUCCUGUAGGUACUGCACCAAUACAACAACAACCUAUACAAAUUUCAGGUACUCAACCCGUGCGACCUCAAAUGAUGGGACCUAGACUUCCUGCUGCUGCUGCUAUGAAGGCUCAAUUUCAGGCUCAAUGGAAUGCAAUGUCUCCAGAACAACGUACUCAAUUCAUAACAAUGGCGCAAGCAGCGGCAGCUAAUAACACUCAAGCUCUACGUCAAAAUGGACAACUGCUUAGGACACAUGUAAAUAAUACGCAACAAAUAUUAAGGCAACAAAACCAAUUUUUGCAGAAUGAAUUGGCUGCAAGUCAGCAAAAUCUUGCCGAUGCUAUAAUGCGAAGUAAGAUGACUCAAUUGGGGCAAAAUAAUUCAGCUUCUCGUGUGACCGUCGGCUCGCAAUCUAUAAAUAAUUUUGUGACAUCACCUUCUGCACAUGGUUCUGAUACACAAUCCAUAAAUUGUUUUGUGACAUCACCUACUAUUGGAGGAAACACACCAACUUUAGGUACCGCAACUACUAGUUUUUCUACGCCAACUCUUAAUAUAUCAAGCAUACCAACAUCGACGCAAGGUGGACAGAUAUCUACGUCUGUCGGAACAUCUGUAGCUUCAGCACUUGGGGUCCAAAUUCCUGCUAAAACUAUAGCCUCUACAAAUCCUAGCUCUAUCGGUACUAGUGCCUCUUCGAGUAACAAUGGUGCUCAGAUAUCAGUUGCUAAUCCAACCGGAACAUCGGUAGGACAACCACCAGUAUCGUUAGGAACAAAUAUUAACCAGGUUCGCCCGAAUAUGCCUCCGAAGGUAAACGCAUUGUGGAGUGGUCAUAUCGCAUGGUCGGCCAAUAGUCAACAGACCGGACUAAAACGUGAGCUUACUUGUCAUGUGACUGCUUUCCCUGGCAAUCAACGAAAAACUGGUCCACAUUCUAUAAACGAUUAUAUGAUACAUACUUGGCCUGACAAAAUGGAAAUCUCCAGUAUAAAUCUUGCAAAAGACUUCAUGAGGGAUGUUGCAGCUGUACAAAACCAAAAACCUCAUGUCGUUUCAUUUCUACCGACUCCGACUCCCCAAGCAUCUCAAGCAUCUCAAGACAAUCAUAACACAUUUAUGGUAUUAAUGCGUAUUUUGGAUAGUAAAAAACUAGCUGCUUUCGUACGUUUCUCUAAUGCGCCUAAUCCAAAUGGAGGGAUAGUUCUUUUUACAGCAGGGGCGAUUACAACGGGGUUAAAACUUGUCGGCUUACUUUUCUUAGACUCACCAUUGCCAACAAGUGUAACUGUUGCUUCUCAGCCACAACAAGCGCAAACACAGCCACAGCAAACACAGCAAGCAACCCAACAAGCCCCGACACUACAACAGUUACAAUUAAUGCAGCAACAAAUGCUGAUGCGUCAACAACAACAGCAACAACAGCAGCAGCAGCCAAUUCAGGUCACACAACAAAUGAUGCAGUCACAGGCACUACAACAAAUGCAACAACAGCAAGCAAUGCAAAUGUUGCAACAAUUGCAACAACAGCAGCAACAAAAUUUGCAACAAAACAUGCAACAAAACAUGCAACAAAAUAUGCAACAGCAAAUUCUUCAAAGGCAGGUUAAUCAGGCUGCUGCUGCCGCAAUGCUGCAACAACCAUCUGCUUCGGACAUAAUUAACUUUCGUCGUAGAAUGCAACUAUCAUCACUUUUACAGACAGCGCAAGUUGCUAAUCCAGGUGGGUUUGGUUUGGCGUUCGUAUUUGUUUCCAAACAACCAUCCACCGCUCAAGAAGAAAACCUUCAGGAACAUCCAAUGGUAAUGGUAAUUCUGGACGUUAGCGGGAGUUGGCAAAGAUUUCAUUGGAGAAACGUGUUCGACGGUGUAAAUAUUGAUGAAAUACAUGUUUGUGAUGAGCUAGCGUCAAUAACUCGAGAUGUACCAACAUUAGUCGUGGCCGUAUUAUAG